AUGCUCGUAUAUAUCGUUAAAGAUACUAACGAGAGUGUCCUCUCGCUGGUGCGUGACGUCACAACAGUUUCGGGUUUCCAGCAAUUCCUCAUCACCGCAUACUCAAAUCAGACAUAUCCAAGCAUCGUCGCCAGUCGUCAAUUUGGCCUCCGCGUCCUCCUUCCAGCUCAAAUCACCAAGAUGUCCUAUGCCGACAUUGCUGCCAGCGGCCCCAAGCAGGCCCCCGAGGACCCCCCUGAGGUCGUCACCAACGAGUCUGCCUCCACUGCCUCCCUCGUCGACGUCGACAUGCCCAGCGUGCACACGGUGCCCUCCGACUUCCAGGAGCAGGAUGUCCAGACGGAGACCCAGGCGCAGCGCCUCGAGCGCGAGGCCGAGCAGAAGAAGGUCAAGGCCAAGAGUGAGGCCAAGAAGACGGACAACUGGCUCACGGAGCAGUUCGCCAAGCUGUCCGAUGGCAGCGCCGGCGCGCUCGCCAUUGCCAACCUCGCUGGUGUCGUCGGCUUGAGCGCAUACAUGGGCUACAAGGCCUGGGGUCUGUACGAGCGCGGCCGUCUGUCGUACCAGAACGUGGGCGUUGGCGUCGGUAUCCUGGCUGCCGUUGGUGCCGCCGAGGGCGUCUUCGGCCGCUAUCUGUACAAGGGCAAGAAGGAUGCGUCAUCCUAG